AGGGCAUGAGUUACAGAAGAAAGCCUUUCCAGGAUAUGUUGAGGGUCGGAUUUUCUAUGUAUACAUCAAGAGUAGACGCAACAGCCCACGUACAGACGGUCAUCCAGUAUUCUCCAGUUUUGCAUUGUCUUGUCUCUACCGGCACUAACUCUACCAAGGAACACCAGCAACCAUAAAUACAGAAUACAGGGCUUUGUUUCAAAAAGACUUAGGUUCGUAUUAAAACGAGAAAAUGAACGCCUCAAGCGGACCUCCUACAGAAAAUCUGCGGACUUACAAACUUGUGGUGGUAGGGGACGGUGGCGUGGGUAAGAGCGCCCUGACGAUACAGUUCUUUCAGAAAAUGUUCGUGGCAGACUACGAUCCAACCAUCGAAGACUCGUACAUCCAGCACACAGAGAUAGAUGGAGAAUGGGCCAUUCUAGAUGUACUGGACACUGCCGGUCAGGAGGAGUUCAGUGCCAUGCGGGAACAGUACAUGCGGACAGGAGACGGGUUCCUGCUGGUCUACUCCGUCACAGACAAGGCCAGCUACGAACACAUCCAUCAGUUCCACACACAGAUACUCAGAGUCAAGGACAGGGACUCCUAUCCCAUGAUCCUUGUGGCCAACAAAGUGGAUCUAGUUCACCAGAGAAAGGUGUCUGAGGACCAGGGUAAAGCUCAAGCCACAGAACUAAAUAUCCCGUACAUUGAGACAAGUGCAAAGGACCCUCCCCUUAAUGUGGACGCCGCCUUCCAUGAAGUAGUUAGAGUCAUUAGGAGACAGACACCCGACAACAAGAAAAAGAAGAAGGGUGGCAAGGGCAAACUCAAGGGCAAAUGUUCUAUCCUGUGAUUGGUUGAUCGUUGAGAGCUGCCUCUUUUGAUUGGUCAAACUUUAUUACGUUGCAACACACUAAGCUGAACCAAAACUACAUGAACAAGACAAUUUUAAUGAUUGAAUGAAGCCUUGUAUACCCUCUGGUAGGGUAUGGAAAUGUGUCCGUAUGUAGGAAACAUCUAAAUGCUUACUUACCGCAUAUCUAUUAUGUAUGUUGUAGGUAAAUGUAAUGGUUACAAUCUGUUAAAAUCAAAAUCUCAAAAAAGCCUGUAGCAGCUUUUUGCUGUACCUUCCAGUAUUUGACAAUGAAGGAAAAACAUACUUUGUUUUUGACCAACGUACAUGUAUUUUAC